AGAAGUCUGUAGGGUCACAUUUCAAUCUUUCUCUUCUUCUAUAAAAACAGACUCUAUCUUUUCUUCUUUGUAUCCUCAUUUUUAUUAUUAAUUCUCCUUAUACAUACAUAUCUCUCAACUUAGCCCUAAGAAAUUAAAAGAGAACAAAGUUUGUUUUUGUUUUUGCCAAAGUCGAUCGAUAUAUUGAAGAUGAAGAUGGGAUCAAGUCAAAGCAUGGGAGGUUCAAAGAGAAGGGUGUCGAGUAAAGGACUUGGAGCUGUUCUUAAAGAACAAAGAGCUAAGCUUUACAUCAUUCGAAGAUGUGUCGUCAUGCUUCUUUGUUGGCACGAUUGAUCUUUCUCAGAGAUUCAUCCUCAAUCAUUAUGUAUAAAAAAAAGCCAGGCUAGCUUUCGCGUGUUGGAGAGAUACAAAUCGUGAUGUAUGGAGCUUAACCGGGCGGAUCGGGUUUGAUUCGACGCGAGAUAGUGGAUGAAUCGGUUAAGAGAGUUUGACUUGGUUCUGAUUAGUGGAGCAAAUAUGGGGAAUUCGAUGAAUUAGUGGAGGAAAGGGCAAGAUUGUAAAUAUUGACUGCAUAAUAUAGAGAGAGAGAGUUGACAAAAUUUUGUAAUGGCUUUUGGCUUUGUUGAAUGAUUUGCGGUUAAUGUAAAACUGAUCGUUACCUUCUAUUUUCAACCUCAAUACUCAUACUACUCUUUUAUUA